AUGGCUUCCGCGGCGUGGGACGGGCAGGACCAGCACAUGGCCGCUGCCGGCGAUGACGAGUUCAACCAGUUCCUCGACAUGAGCGGCAUGGCCAACAUGGGCGACGGCAUGCAGUUCGACUUCCACGGCUUCCAGGACAGCACCGCCCAGCCCAUGAUGGCCCAGUCGCGCCAGCACCAGCAGCACGACUCCAUCAUGGCCGACUCGGACCCCUCGCACAUGAUCCCCCGCAGCGACGGCCUCCUCCAGAACCACACCCCGGCCAUGACCACGGCCGCCAUGCCCGCCCAGAUGAUGGCCACCUCGGCCCCGAGCGACACCAUCUCGAGCAUCGACGCCCAGAUCCAGUAUCUGCAACAGCAAAAGUACCAGCAGCAGCAGCGCGUCCUCCAGGAGCAGCGCGCCACCUUCUUCUCCAACCACAGCCACUCCGUGCCCCCGACGCCCCAGAGCCUCGAGAUGGCCCCCGGCAGCGGCCAGUUCUACUCCCAGCCCGAGCAGGUCGCCCGGCAGGGCGUCUACGACAGGGGUUAUCACCAGCGCGUCGCUGAGCAGCAAGAUAUGGCCUUUACGCCCCUCGUGUCUCCUGCUGUGACACCUUUGGAUCCCCACUUCAACAUGGACAAUGCCUUCACUGUCCCGGGUGCUUACUUUAGCCCCCUGACGUCGCCGGCACUGCAUGCGCAAAACGACUCCUCAUCAGCUUACGACCACAGCACGCACUCCAACAACUCUCCCAUCGAGAUGGACCUCGAGGCGCCCGCCAUCGCGCCCGCUCCCAGCGCCCAGGACCUCUCCAAGAAGGCACGGAAAAACAACGCCGUCAAGGCCAGGGGCAAGGCCAGCAUCAAGAGCUCACCCAUCACCAAGCCCCAGCGGCGAAAGACGGGCCCCAGCCCGGCCAUCGUGUCGCAAGUCCUGAGCGAGGUGGACGAGCGGAAUAUUCGGUCCGCUGACCAGGGCUUACUGCCGCUGCCGGCGACAUCUACCGAUGGGUCGGAGGAGAACGCCUCUGUGUCGCCGGAGAAUCUGACCGAUAUGCCCCCGCCUCCGGUCCCGAACCGGAGGUCGACGAGCAAGUCUCCCUACAUCCGGCCCCAGAACGGCGGCCCUCAGCAGCCUCAGCCUCGCUCCGCAAAGGCCGAGCAGCCACAACCGCAACCGCAGCCCCAACAGCAGCAGCAACAACAACAACCGGUGGUGCAACAACAACCUCAUCCCGCGACGCCAGCGUCUCUGAUGAAGCUUCCCGCUACCAAGGACAAGGGCCCGCCCACAAGCGGCCAGGAGGAGCACAUGGUCACGGAAAACAUCGAGUCGCUCGAGUUGCCUGAGUCCAUCUCCAACAACAGGCCGCUUAUGCCCAUCAACACGUCGCUCACAUCGCCAUCUCCCCGCAUCGAGCCGAUCUCGGCGAGGAAUUCAACGCUGCAGCCCCUGCCGUCGCCCGGCAUCAGGGCGUCUGGCACGGCAUCUGCCAGCGCAAGCCCCCAACUGCGGCCGGGCUCGUCUGGGCCCGCGGCGAGGAAAACUCCCCAGCUCGCCUCCCGGAAUAGCAGGAAACGCUCGACCGGCUCAGUUCACGCCUCGCCCGCACUGCUCCCGAGGAUAUCUCCCAACAUCAAACCCCUGCUUCCCGGGACGCCGGGCUUGUCGGCCGAGGACACAGCGUCGAGGCUGCUCAUGUCCAAGUCCAACUACCAAAACAUCCUGGAAGGAAACACGGUGCCUGGCGUGUCGUACCCCAGCGAGCUGUCGACGAAUCUGACGUCAAAGAGGACGUCUCACAAGAUUGCCGAGCAGGGACGGCGGAAUCGCAUCAACUCGGCGCUCCAGGUCAUGGCCGGGCUUCUGCCCGACCAGCCGGUAAUCGAGGGCACGGAAGAGGCGGACAAGAAGGACGCCAAGGGAUCGAGCAUGGCCAACAGCAAGGCCAGCGUGGUGGAGAACGCCAUUGUGCACAUGAAGACCCUGCAGCAAGAGAACGUGGACCUCAAGCAGCAGCUGGAGCAGCUCAAGAGCCAGCUGGAGAAGCUGAAAGGGCAACCCGAGGAGAAGGAGGAGUCGGCGGCGACAUAG